AUGAUGGGGGUUAGACUCAGAGUCAAUCUCUUGCUCCUCCUGCUGGCUGUGAGGUGCAUAGCACAUGAAGAAUUCAAGAAGAACUGAUGUGUUUGUGGAUACCCAGGAAUACCAGGAGACCCAGGCCACAACGGAAUGCCAGGCCGAGAUGGACGAGACGGGUUCAGAGGUGACAAGGGAGACCGAGGGGAAAUCAGUAUCACCGGACGAACAGUACAGAGUGGCCCCAAAGAAGACAAGGGAUCUGCAGGUACGGCUGGCCUGGCAGGAAUAAAGGGAAAAUGGGGUGAGAAUGGAGAGAAGGGGCCACCGGGGAAGAUGGGGCCCCAAGGAGUCUCAGGGCACAUGGGCCUCAAGGAGAUCAGGUUACCAGAGCGAGGCAUCCAAGGGCCCUUGGGACCCCCAGGAUGACCAGGUCCGAAGGGAGAUCUCGGCCCCCCAGGGUUACGACGGAGAGCAAGGGAAUCAGGCGGCGAGACAGGGGACAAGGGGGAGAAGGGGGACACAUCCCUCAUCCCAAAAAGUGCGUUCUCAGCCGGUUUAACCGAAUACACCAAACUCCCACCGGAGAACAUGCCGAUCAGGUUCGACAAGGUGAUCUACAACAGGCAGAACCAUUAUGACGCACAGACCGGACGGUUCACCUGCGCUCUGGCUGGGGCCUACUACUUCACCUACCACAUCACUGUGUUCUCCCGUAAUGUAAAAGUAGCAUUAGUGAGAAACAGGUUGAAGUAACUACACGAGCAGUGAGUAGUUAUCCACAUUAUGGAUAACUACACGAGCAGUGAGGACCAGGCAGCAGGCGGGGCUGUCCUGCCCCUGGAGAAGGGGGACAAAGUGUGGCUGCAGGUGGCUGGAGGAGAGCUCUUUAACGGGCUGUUUGCUGAUGAAGAUGAUGAUACAACCUUCUCUGGGUUCCUGCUCUUUGGUGCAGAUUAG